UGUUUCUUUCCUCAGCGUCAGCUUGUGAAGGCGGAUCAGGCUCAAGGUGGAGGAUCCAUGGAGGUGUGGAGCCUUCUCACCGACCUCUGACUGCAGAACUGGGAUGUGGGGCUGGAGGUGCCUCCUCUUCUGGGCUGUGCUGGUCACAGCCACACUGUGCACUGCCAGGCCAGCCCCGACCUUGCCUGAACAAGCUCAGCCCUGGGGAGUCCCUGUGGAAGUGGAGUCUCUCCUGGUCCACCCUGGCGACCUGCUACAGCUUCGCUGUCGGCUGCGCGAUGAUGUGCAGAGCAUCAACUGGCUGCGGGACGGGGUGCAGCUGGCAGAGAGCAACCGCACCCACAUCACAGGGGAGGAGGUGGAGGUGCGGGAUUCCAUCCCCACUGACUCUGGCCUCUACGCUUGUGUGACCAGCAGCCCCUCUGGCAGCGACACCACCUACUUCUCCGUCAAUGUCUCAGAUGCGCUCCCCUCCUCAGAGGAUGACGACGACGACGAUGACUCCUCUUCAGAGGAGAAAGAAACAGACAACACCAAACCAAACCGUAGGCCUGUAGCUCCGUACUGGACAUCCCCGGAAAAGAUGGAAAAGAAACUGCAUGCAGUUCCAGCCGCCAAGACAGUGAAGUUCAAAUGCCCAUCCAGCGGGACACCCAACCCCACUUUGCGCUGGUUGAAAAACGGCAAAGAAUUCAAACCUGACCACCGAAUUGGAGGCUACAAGGUCCGUUAUGCCACCUGGAGCAUCAUAAUGGACUCUGUGGUGCCGUCUGACAAGGGCAACUACACCUGCAUCGUGGAGAACGAGUAUGGCAGUAUUAACCACACCUACCAGCUUGAUGUUGUGGAGCGAUCACCUCACCGGCCCAUCCUUCAGGCAGGGUUGCCUGCCAACAAGACCGUGGCCUUGGGCAGCAACGUGGAGUUCAUGUGUAAGGUGUACAGUGACCCUCAGCCCCACAUCCAGUGGCUGAAGCACAUCGAGGUGAACGGGAGCAAGAUUGGGCCAGACAACUUGCCGUACGUCCAGAUUCUGAAGACUGCUGGAGUCAAUACCACCGACAAGGAAAUGGAGGUGCUUCACCUACGGAAUGUCUCCUUUGAGGAUGCGGGGGAGUAUACGUGCUUGGCGGGUAACUCUAUCGGACUCUCCCAUCACUCUGCAUGGUUGACCGUUCUGGAAGCCCUGGAAGAGAGGCCAGCUGUGAUGACGUCACCGCUCUACCUGGAAAUCAUCAUCUACUGCACCGGGGCCUUCCUGAUCUCCUGCAUGGUGGGCUCUGUCAUCAUCUACAAGAUGCGGAGUGGCACCAAGAAGAGCGACUUCCAUAGCCAGAUGGCUGUACACAAGCUGGCCAAGAGCAUCCCUCUGCGCAGACAGGUAACAGUGUCAGCUGACUCCAGCGCGUCCAUGAACUCUGGGGUUCUCCUGGUUCGGCCGUCACGACUCUCCUCCAGCGGGACCCCCAUGCUAGCUGGAGUCUCUGAAUAUGAACUUCCUGAAGAUCCCCGCUGGGAGCUGCCACGAGACAGACUGGUCUUAGGCAAACCCCUUGGAGAGGGCUGCUUUGGGCAGGUAGUAUUGGCAGAGGCCAUCGGGCUGGAUAAAGACAAACCCAACCGUGUGACCAAAGUGGCCGUGAAGAUGUUGAAGCCUGAUGCAACAGAGAAGGACUUGUCGGAUCUCAUCUCCGAGAUGGAGAUGAUGAAGAUGAUCGGGAAGCACAAGAACAUCAUCAACCUGCUGGGGGCAUGCACGCAGGACGGUCCUCUCUAUGUCAUUGUGGAGUAUGCCUCCAAAGGCAACCUCCGGGAGUAUCUACAGGCCAGGAGGCCUCCCGGGCUGGAAUAUUGCUACAACCCCAGCCACAAUCCCGAGGAACAGCUAUCUUCCAAAGAUCUGGUCUCCUGUGCCUAUCAGGUGGCUCGGGGCAUGGAGUAUCUUGCCUCUAAGAAGUGCAUACACCGGGACCUGGCUGCCAGGAAUGUCCUGGUGACAGAAGACAAUGUAAUGAAGAUCGCAGACUUUGGCCUAGCUCGAGAUAUUCACCAUAUCGACUAUUAUAAAAAAACCACCAAUGGCCGGCUGCCUGUGAAAUGGAUGGCACCCGAGGCAUUGUUCGACCGGAUCUACACCCACCAGAGUGAUGUGUGGUCUUUUGGGGUGCUCUUGUGGGAAAUCUUCACUUUGGGCGGCUCUCCAUACCCUGGUGUGCCUGUGGAAGAACUCUUCAAGCUGCUGAAGGAGGGCCACCGAAUGGACAAGCCCAGUAACUGCACCAAUGAGCUGUACAUGAUGAUGCGGGACUGUUGGCAUGCAGUGCCCUCCCAGCGGCCUACUUUCAAGCAGCUGGUGGAAGACCUGGAUCGGAUUGUGGCCUUGACCUCCAACCAGGAGUAUCUGGAUCUGUCGAUGCCGCUGGACCAGUACUCUCCCAGCUUCCCUGACACUCGGAGCUCUACCUGCUCUUCAGGGGAGGAUUCUGUCUUCUCUCACGAGCCGUUACCUGAGGAACCCUGUCUGCCCCGACACCCGACUCAGCUUGCCAAUGGUGGACUCAAAAGACGCUGACUGCCAACCCUCCCCAGCCUUCCCCCAAUUCCAUCAUCACCUGUGUCCCUCAUCCUCAAUUCCCUGCUGGACACACUGCCUUUCUCUUUCUCCUUUGCUGCUGGCAAGAGCCAGUGCAUAUCCAAGGCCUUCCUGUGUGGCCUACCCUAUACCGUCACCCCCCUGAGACCCCUCUUCCUCUUCUUAGCCUGCUGUGUGAGAGAGGAGCCAAGAGGCAGGUACUUGAUGGUAGCCACUUCCUCCUUCCUGGGUGUUGGACCAAGACCCACCCUGCUACCUGGCACGGCUUCAAGGCCUGGGGGGAGGGGGGGGUGUGGAAACAAGUGGAACAGGUGUGCAAGUGAGAGCUUACUGAGUAUUCUUGUUGACCCAUUAGCCCCUGUGUUCUGGUGGCAGGGGCCUUGGGGGCUACUGAAGCAAGGAAAUUUCUGUUCAAGGCCUUCACUGACGGCAACCUUCUGCACCAGAUGAAUGGUACCAGUGGCUUCUUAAUUCCAAUAUUAAUUUGCUUUGCUGACCAAAUACCUGGUACCAGAAGACAGGGAGGCAGAGAUUGGGAGCAGUGAUGUCCCCUCGGGCUGAGCCCUGGACCUGGGGUUCUGUACAUAGCAAUGAAAAGAACACAAAGUGUAUAAAUCUGAGUAUAUAUUUACAUGUCUUUUUAAAAGGGUCGUUACUAGAGAUUUACCCAUUGGGUGAGAUGCCCCUGGUGGCUAGGAGGCAUCGGUUGCUAUAUAUUAAAAAACAAAACAAAAACAAAAAAAAAAAGGAAAAUGUUUUUUAAAAGGUCAUAUAUUUUUUGCUACUUUUGCUGUUUUAUUUUUUUAAAUUAUGUUUUAAACCUAUUUUCAGUUUAGGUCCCUCAAUAAAAAAAAAUUGCUGCUGCUUCA